UGUAAGUGUGUAACGAAAAAUCCAAUAAAUAAUAAAUUCAAAAAUGAUGAUUACAACAAAAGUUAUUUUUUUUCUCAGAUCUUCUUGUUACGCCUUGUAUAUCUAUCUGCAGUGAAUCAGUAUUAUGCAACAGUGAUGGGAACAUUUUUUUACAAUGUCGACCGGAACGACGCACGUUUUUUUGUGGGUAUACUUAUAACCAUAAAAGAAAUUUUGAUUUAACUUGACUUGAAUCUUUUCAUUACUGAGAGCGUAUUAUUAUUUACUUUUGUAGCUGCUAUACACAAUGCAAUUUUCAAAAUAUUUAGAUUCAUCUUAUGUUAUUUAUACGACGAACUUAUUCGUACCAUUUAAUACCUACGGUGAGUCUGUAAUACGUUUAUAAAGCAGCUAGUAAUAAUUUUAUAUGGACUUAGGUAUAUAAUAAUUAAUAAUAUAAUAAAAUAUUCUUUUCCGCUCAGAAUCGUUUUUCGUAUGCAAUGAUUUAGGCAUCAUUAAGUAUUUGAAUUCAAAAUUUAACAAAUCCAUUACACAAGCCAACUCAAUGAUUGAAUGAUGAGGUACAUUAGGGCAUAAAGAUAGAUUCACACCUCGUCGUGUUGUGUAGUGCUCGCUUCGUAUAUUUAAUACAUAGGUAACAAAAUGUUGGUCACACGUUACCUACAAGUUGAAUAUAUUCAACUCUACACAAUACAAUGUGGUGUGAAUCUGACUUCAGGGUAGUAUUUCAAAUUUUGAUACCGGUAUCCGGUAUUUGUUUACUACUGGUAUCUACGGUAUUAUCGAAAAUAUCUUGCCCCGGUAAUUACCUAAAAUAUCGCACCCUGAUAAUCACCAAAAUUACCAUACCGAAUCUCAGUAAAUGUACAAAUGUUUUCAAAUUUCUAAUCAAAGAAAAUGUAACUUUAACAUCUAUUUUAGGCCUAUGAUGUCUACAAUGGAAAACGUUGAAUUUAUCACUUUUAAGAAUUUAUCACUUUUUAACCAAAAAUAAAAAAUUCAUUUAAAAAAUAUUUAUCAAUUAACAGCGCAAUAUUUUGGAUAAGAACACAUUUUUGUCCGAAAACCAAAAUAGAAUAUGAUCUAAGGAAGUUUGUUUACAUUUUUUCGGAGGCACAUCGGGAUAUUCAGGGCAUCGGCCAUUGGCCAUAAGGAUGUUAGCAACGAAAGUAACGUAAUAUUAUUCUGACACGAUGUUAUAACCGUUAUCACGUAUUAGAUAAGUCAUGAAAUAAAUAAUAUUAAAUAUUAAAUAAUAAAUAAGAAUUUAUUGUUAAUAUUAAUGGUUUGAUGUGUUAUUGUAUUUGGUAGUUUGGUCGUUGUUCUUCACAAUUUAUUGUUUACACUUAUUCAGUUGUUGAUUUUUUAAUUCUAAUGUGACAAUGUGUACUUGAAAUUGUAAUUAAUACUUUUACUCUUGUUAACAUGGGUAUUCCCGGCCUUACAUCAUUUAUAAAUCGUAAUUCAACUCAAUAUUUUGAAAAUCUACAACUCAAAGACACUUUGGUAAUAAUAGAUGGUUAUGCUUUAACUAAUUUUCUAUACAGGUUGUAUGAAAACCAAACAAGUGCGUUUGGUGGAGAUUACGACAUUUUAGCUAAGGUGUAUACGGAUUUUAUUAAAUUGUUAACGAGAUGCAAUGUAAUACCAAUUUUUGUAUUUGAUGGUGCUUAUGAACAGCGUAAACUUGAGACAAUUAUGAGCCGUAUGAGCCAACGCAUACAAUCAUAUGGACAACCUAUGAAGUCUUCUGAAUGUAUGCCAAUGUUUGGUAGUGAUGUCAUUUUUGACAUUCUUAAUGAUAUGGACAUACCACAUAUAAAUUGUGAUUUUGAAGCUGAUGCAGAAAUCGUUGCACUGGCCAAGUUAUUGGAUUGUCCUGUUAUAAGCAGAGACUCUGAUUUUUACAUUAAUAUAGUACCGUACAUACCAUUGGACAAAAUUAUACUUGAUUUAGAUUCUAAUGUGAAAGUAAUAAAUUGUCAAGUGUAUAAAGUUGAAAAAUUACUGAACGAAUUUGGUGGAUUGAAUGUUGACUAUUUACCUUUAGUGGCUGCAUUGUUAGGCAAUGACUACAUAAGGCAAGACACAUUUUCUUCCCUUUUACGACUGAACCCGGGAUGUUUCAACUGUGGAUUGAAACUUAAACGAAUCACAGAAUGGCUAAGAAGACAGCAUGAUAUAAGAUCUGCUAUACAAAAUAUGACUUAUAACUUAUCUCGAAACAGUGACUACAUCAAAAAUCAAAUAAACAACAUCAUAAAAGAUUAUAAAAAUAUGAAUAGUAAGUACUUGUCAUUCAUUCUUCAAUACAAAAAGAUGAGCACAUACCAAGAUCGAUUAAAACAUUUUAAAUCAAACGAAAAAAGUAUAUUACCUCCUUGGUUAGAAAUUAACUAUCGUAGGGGUACUGUAAAUGCCGAAGUCAUGACAAUAGUAACAUUAAAAAAAAUAUUUUUUAAAGUACAAAUCGAAGAUUAUGAAAAACUUCCUUAUUAUGAAAUUUCCUUCAAAAUAAUGGAAAGAAUAAUUGGAUUAUUGUUUGGAAAAAGUGAUUCAAUUCCCACUUUAGGAAGAAAAAAUGGACUUAAUAUAGGUCAAUACAAAAUAAAACCAUAUAUAACUAAUCCUUACGUACCUUUGGCUGAUUUAAAUAAGAGUGAAUUAGAAUAUCGCAAAAAUAUAAUUUUGAAUUUAGUUGGUAUAAAAAAACUUAAUGGUGUUCCCAAAGAUUGGGAAUUAUUUGUUUUGAUUUUAAGUUACUGGGCAAUACAUACCAAUAAUAUUAAAUCCAGACACAUGCAUGCCUUAAUUGUAUGUGCAAUUACAUUUAGUAUCAUUAAAAAAAUUGAAAUUGAUUCGAAAAAUGAAAAAACUGAAGAUAAUAAUGGCAAAAGUGUUAUAGAAGAAAAUAUCACUAAAGUAAAUAAAGAAGAUUGUAUAAAAGCUAUGAGUGUGUUAUCAAAUUAUUUUCAAGUUGGUCAAUAUUAUAAUAAUAAGCAUUUAUACUACAAAAUUAUUCACUCAUUUGCACAAUUUCAGAGCUGUGCUUAUUUUUUUAUGAUUCUUAACUCUUUAUUGGAUUUCCCAUUUGAUCAGUGUCGCAUAGAAUAUUUUUUUAAAGGAUCAUUUUUGUAUAAUUUAUGUGUACAAAUGGAAAACUGUGAUCCAGAAGAAUUUGUAUCAAAUAAACUGUUUAACAAAUUAGAUUCAUUAAAUACUGUUUAUAAAUCAAUAAUUGAACAUAUAAACCUAAUAUUGCCAGUUCCAAAAAAAAGAAAUGUAACACAUGAUACUAAUAACAGUUCAAAACCCAAAGGCAAAAAAACACAAAAAAAAUAAAAUUAAUCUUGAACAUACUAUUUUAUAAUUAAAUAAUAGUACAUAUGAAGUAUAGUAUUUGUGUACCUAUAUCAU